UUACAAGUUACAAUCAUCAUGGCCGAUCAACAUUCAGCAGUUCUUGAAGAAAUUAAGAAAAACAUUCAAGAUCUUCAACAAAAGUUUGAAACACUUGAAAAGAAGGUAGCAGGUGGUGUACCUAAACAAGAACUUCGUAUGGUUAUUAUGGGACCUCCUGGUGCUGGUAAAGGAACCCAAGCACCUGCUAUUAAAGAAAAGUAUUGUGCUUGUCAUUUAGCAACAGGUGAUAUGCUUAGAGCUGCUGUUAAUGCCAAGACACCUCUUGGUUUGGCUGCUAAAAAGGUAAUGGAUGAAGGUGGACUUGUUUCUGAUGAAAUUGUUGUUGGUAUGAUUAAAGAGAAUUUAGAUACAAAUCCUGAGUGUAAGAAUGGUUUUAUUCUUGAUGGUUUCCCUCGCACUGUUGUUCAAGCAGAAAAAUUAGAUGAAAUGCUUGAAGAAAAGAAGAAGCCUUUGAAUUCAGUUGUUCAAUUAGUGAUUGACGAUAGUCUUCUUGUAUCACGUAUCACUGGUCGUUUAAUUCAUCCUGCUUCUGGCAGAAGUUAUCACAAGGAAUUUAAUCCACCUAAGGUCCCUAUGAAGGAUGAUAUCACUGGUGAGCCUCUUGUUCAACGUUCUGAUGAUAAUGUCGAAUCUUUAAAGAAACGAUUAGACGCUUUCCAUAAACAAACAGUUCCAGUUGCUGAAUAUUAUAAGAAAAAGAAUCUUUGGUAUGGUGUUGAUGCUUCUCAAUCCCCCAAGGCUGUUUGGGCUUCUCUUAAUGCUAUUUUUGACAAGACUCUUUAGAUCCUAUUUUUUUUUAUAUAUAUAUAUUAUUCUUUCGUUUAUAUCUAUUCAUACAGGUAACAAGUUCCUUUUAUAUAUUGUGAAAUAAAAUAA